CCCCGACCCGCGACCCAUGAUAAAUUACCCGACCUGAACCCGACCUGCUAUGGGGCGGGUCUGGGUACCAAGAAACCCGCCCCGGAGCUGCCCAUUGCCAUUCCUAUUUGAGUCUUUGGGAUAUUGGAGUGCUUCUUUUAGAUCGAACCGGUCCUAGUCACCAUUUUAUCUAAGGUGAACUCAUUUAGAAAAAUAUAUAUAUAUAUAUAUAUAUAUUAAUUUUUUGUUAGUUUUUUAAAUCAAUCAUAAUAUAAUCUUAUUUUUUGAAAUUUUUGGUACGUCAAAUAAAGUAUAAAUUAUUAAGUAUAUCAAUUUCUGUGUACCAAAAAAUUAUUCAUGAAUCAAUUAAUCGUUCAAUUUUGAAUGGUGUUAUUUGUAAAGAAAUGUUUAGUAUCAACAAUUCGAGGUGAUGGGAGAGAUUUAAAAAUGAAUCUUAUACCAAACAAUUAUUCAUAAUUCAGUUAGUCUUCUGCUUUAAUACCUUUCAAUCAACUAUUCUCAAUUAGACGCGUCCUGAAAUUUUCAGUAUUAGUCAUCUAUUAUACCUAAUUUAAUCAUUUUUUUCUCUCGAACCAGAAUGCUGCUCGGAACCCACCCUCUUACACUGAUCUCCCUCCGUCCCUAUUUCCAACAACUCGAUUAUUGAGAACAACGGAUUAUUAUGUUCCUUACCAUCAUUUUGGGCGAAUUUGUAGAGGAGAUGAGAUCUACCCGGUAAGCGGGCUGUAAGAUUUAACUUCUUCUCCAUUGUGGAAGUUUAGUUAUCAUGGCUUCCUCCUCGUAUAUUGGAUGCUCGUUAAAGGAGUCGCUUUUUUUUUUCUCUCUCGCUCCGAGAAAUUAGACUUAUUGCUGGUGUCGUAUCUUGCAAAGAAGUGGUUAAGUACCAUAUACAGACCUGUAUAAUAUCAAACAUAACCUUCUCUCAAUAACUCUAUCCCGUGGACUAGUCCCGACACACCGUUGGGGAUACUACGUAAAUCUCGUCUCCUUUAUUUUUGCGAUCUAUAUUAGGUCGAUUUCUCAUCCCUGUUCCUAUCGGACCGUUGUGUCUUUGUUUUGGGGUUGGUGGGGAACGGCUACGGUGCUAAUUGUACAAUAGUUAGCACCGUCCUAACCAAGGGAAAAACUACUACUAGUUUGAAUUAGUAGUGAUUUAACUUAGAUAUUGUAGUGAUUUUAUAAUAAUCCGUAGUGAUUUUUGCUAGUUAUCACGGUGCUAACCCUUAUAAGGAUUAGCACCUAAUCCCAUCCCGGGUUGGUGCUAUCGGAAUAACUAGAAACGUCCUCGGUUAGCUGUCGUGUGUUUGCGUCUCCAGUAGCGCCGUCCCCUAAACUCCAAAAGCCUCUAUUAUUAUUGUUCUUUGAUUUUUCCGCAUUAGAAAAGUUCCAAUUCUCUCUCUCUCUUUCUGUCUGUGUUCCGCUCCAGUACUAGAUUUUGGCUCAAUAAAUUUCUCUUAAUUGGGGUUUGAUUAGUUCACCAGCGAGCUGCAGAUUCAAGCCGCCAACUUGGGCUUCCCUUCUCUUCUGGUCGUCGGAGUCGAUAUGAAGCGGCGGAGGCGGCGGCAGGGGAAUCUUCCGUAGGCCGAACUCUGCCGCCGGCCGGCCCGCUCAUCUGGGUACGUUAGUGGGCGGAAAAGAUAUUAUGAUUUUCUUGUUGUUUAUUAUCUGCAAUGUUUCCUUCUUCGUCCUCCGUCGUUCUUGAGUUGAUCGGACAACGAUGUAGUAUAAAAUUACGUUAUGUUACACUCAUUUAGCACUCAAAUCUGUGGCAGUUCAUGUAUUUUUUUGGGCCAGAAAGAGAUAUGUAUCAAAUAUGCAUAUUUUAUAUAUAAAAAAAAUUAUGCCAUCAUAAAAUAAGAUAUUUAGCACAUUUAUUUAUCCCAACAGAAGAAGAAAAAAAAAAAGUUAAUUAAUAGAACCGUAGUCUUAAGUUGUUUUUACAUACUGAUGAAUAGUCUACAUGCUUAGUUGCUUACGUGUUUCUGGUAGUUCAUUGACUUUUAAAAAAAUAAAUUCGUCGUGAAAAUGAUUUAUUUUUUGAUUAUUUGUCAAAAUGUUAAAAUUUAUAUAUGUUUUUUUUAUAAAUAAUAAUUAAUAUAUGUUGUAGUUGUUGUCAACCAUAUUUAAAUUACAAUUCACAAGUAAUGAAGGGAUCCAGACAGUGAUUAAUUAUUACAAACAGCUGGAGAUCAAAUUAUUAUUGUCUCUCUCGAUUACCAAAUUCCACUUCAUAAUUACAAAAAAAAAUUUGAAAUCUCUUGCAGCUUAUGCUUCGGAUUUCAUUUCUCCUCGUCCUCCUUCUUCUCUGCCCUGCAGAUCGACAUCUACUGCAAUUUUAUUCUCGUAAUUUCCAGGUACUUUCCGAUCUCGCCAUUGUCGUUUUCUUUGAAUCUUGAUCCCAUUAUUUGUCCUUUCCCCCUAGGUUUUCAGUCCUUUCUUACGCAUGUUUCAUUGUUCAAUCCACAAAUUUGUGAUAUUUUCUUGAACUUCCCUGAUUUGGUGUCAAUCUGUGGAAAUGGAGCUUUCCGUUCUCAAGUGGCAUCACUGUUAAUGAUAAGAGUGUAACACGUUCAUUAACGCAACUAAUUCUUAGUUGCAUCCUUAACACUCGAAAAAAUGAAUCGAAACUAGAUUGUCAAUCACCUAUGUCAAAAAUUGGCACCCGGAACAGAAAAACUGGAUUUUUUCCACUUUUCAUUGUUGAUCUAUGAAUACCUGGCCCUUGGCUACGGGUAUUCAAAACGCGUAGCGGAAAAAAAAAAUUCCAACCUCAAAUUUAAAUAUUUGGAUUAACAUCAUCCCUAAAAAAAUUAUGAGAACUACUAUGUCAUAAGUUCACAUUUCACAGUCAACAAUCGUUAGUAAAAUGAAGUUUCUGAUUUAACUAGAUUUUUUUUUUCUUCCGAAGUAUGUAUUCAUAAUAUUAUUAUUACGUUCGUCGUCGUCGAUAAUUAUAUAUGUGCAAUGAUUCUUCUUCGCUAGUGGUCAUUCGACUUAUUGGCGCCAACGGAGUCCGAAACUGAAGUGUCAGAGGUGUACAAUCAAAAUCCAGAAGAUGUCCAAGUGAACGAUCAUCCAACAUCUUAACCAUCCAUUGCACUUCACUUAACGAAUAAAAUGAAGACAAGUCGAUCAUGGUGGACGGGGACGAGGGAUUACCUAAUAAUGCCGCCGGCCACCUCCAGGCAAAGAGCACACGUGAAACGGACACCAAAGUGGAUCCUACUCUUCGUUUCCCUCGCCGCCGUCUUCCUCAUCAGCGCCUACUACCUCUACCAGCCGAGAAGCACGGUCUCCGCCGCUCCUUGCUCUGUUUUCGCUCCGGGCGGGUGCACCACCACUUACGACGGAGACAGAGUCGUUCCGGCCAAAGUGUUCACCGACGAGGAGACGUCGUCUCACGUCGUGAUCCGCGAGAUCCUCAGCACGCCGCCGCCGCUCUCCAAGUCGCCCAAGAUUGCCUUCAUGUUCCUGACUCCUUCCUCACUCCCGUUCGAGAUGCUCUGGGAGAGAUUCUUUCAGGGUCAUGAAGACAAAUUCACCGUUUACAUACAUUCUUCCAGAGACAAGCCAAUCCAUAGCAGCCGUUACUUCGUCGGCCGAGAGAUCCGCAGUGAAAAGGUAGAGUGGGGGAAAAUCUCCAUGGUUGAUGCAGAGAGGAGACUACUAGCCAAUGCACUUUUGGAUCCAGAUAACCACCAGUUUGUCUUGCUCUCUGACAGCUGCGUGCCACUCCGCACCUUCAACUAUGUGUAUCACUACCUGAUGUUCACUAACGUCAGCUACAUCGACAGUUACGUGGAUCCGGGUCCGCAUGGCAACGGCAGAUACUCGGACCGCAUGAUGCCGGAAGUUCGAUACUCUGAUUUCCGAAAGGGUGCUCAGUGGUUCUCGAUGAAGCGACAGCAUGCUAUCAUAGUCAUGGCAGAUAGCUUGUACUACAGAAAGUUCAGGCUCUACUGCAGACCGAAUAUGGAUGGGAAGAAUUGCUACUCUGAUGAACAUUACCUGCAAACAUUUUUCACUAUGAUUGAUCCUGAUGGGAUCGCAAAGCGAUCGGUUACACAUGUUGACUGGUCCGAGGGAAAGUGGCAUCCAAGAUCUUACAGAGCUUCUGAUAUCACUUAUGAGCUCCUCAAGAACCUUACUACUGUCGACGAGGCCAUACAUGUCACGAGUGAAGGAAAGAAAGUGACGACAUGGAGACCUUGCUUCUGGAAUGGAGUGAAGCGGCCUUGUUAUUUAUUUGCCAGAAAGUUUUACCCGAACACUCUCGACAAAUUGUUGUACCAUUUUUCGAAUUAUACAACAAAUUAGACUCACACAUGUCUUUCCAUCACUCUUAAUUGGCUGGAAAGUAGUAAGUUAUUAUUCUUUUAUAGUGAUCCCAACCCUUUUUCAAGAUUUUGAAUAGCUUCUCCAUAAUGUACAAACAAUUAGAGUUUACCGAAAAAUUUAAGGGUGAUACAAAUGCACACCAGAAGCGAAACGAAUAAAGGAGUUAGGCACGGGAGAAAUAGAUUUAGUUAGUUGAUUAAUUAGCAAAGUAAAUAUACAAUUUCAAGUCAUAUUGGCUUUUUGGACAAUGGUGUGAUUAAGAAACACUAGUUUGAUCAUGUAUUACCCCAAGUAGAAUAAAUUUCUCAAAUAGAU